AUGGGGACUCCAACUCCUAAAAUCAAUAGGCUUUUUGCUUCUUCAAGCCCGAAGAUUGGUCCGGAUCCAUCUUUCGACUUGCAUGCAUUCACUCAAUCUCCUGUUAAGGAAGAUGGAAAACAACUUAUUGUUACCCCCAAGGUAGUUCAACAAAAAAUGGUUACACGAAGCAAAGGAAAAAGGAAGGGGAAAGAAAUUUCGCUUGGAAUGUCAAACGAAAUCGCUUCUGAUUCUGAUUUUGAAGAUGAAAUCGCUUCUCCUUCUUCUAAGAAAAAUAAGGUUGACAGUGGUAAAACAUCAAAUCAGAAGAAAGAAAAUGAGGUUCAUAUUGUUUUACAAAAAGAGGUUAAAAAAGGUCAAACAUCAAAGAGGACCCGUGCAAAAUCGAAAUUGAAGGUUCGUGAAGAUGUGAAAUUAUUUCAGAAGAAGGUAGAGGAUGAUUUUAAACAGUUGAAGCAACAGUUAGAUAAAUCAAUAUUGGACAUACUUACAGAGAUCAAGUCCUCACAUGGCAGGCAGACGGAAAAUAAUGAAUAUGAGUUUUUUUUUUAAAAAAAACUUAGAUGGUGUUUCCUCUAUAUUAUCAAUCCAAUUUUAAAUUAAUAAAGCAUACAUUAAUAUACAGGGUACCGGAGGUGUUAAGGUUGUAGAUGGAAAAAGAACCUAUAGUGGUGACGAGAAUGACAAGCAUCAUGACAUACAAGCUGAGGUUGAUGAGCAAGCGGCAAAGGGUGUGGUUGGUGGGCAUGAUGGAAGUGUGCCAAUAUCUGGUCAAGCUGCAGCAUAUUUGAAGACCCAAACUGGUAUGCAUGCUGGAAUUGGUGAAGCAUGUGAUAAUGAUCGAGAUGAUCUAGAAGCAUUGAAGAGUCUACAUGAUCAAGAAGGAUUGAAUAUUCAAGGUCAUUCUUUUGCUUCAUAUAUAUUU